GGAGAAGGCAUCGUCGCCAAAACCAGAGCAACGCCACCAGCACAACACUCUCUCCCCCCACCCCCAUUAUUCUCUCUUCCUCUCUCCCCCCCCUGUGAAUAUAUUCUCCUCCUCCUCCCCUGCGUUGCCCCCUCUCCCCUGUUCACUCCCUCCUCCACUUCGCUUUGGUCUCUCGGGGCCGCUUCCCUCCGGAGGAACAAGAAGCAGUGAACCGCGGGAUGGACGAUGAGUAUGCCAAGCUCAUCAGACGAAUGAACCCCCCCAGAGUUGUUAUCGACAACAAGUCUUGCGAGGAUGCCACUGUGAUACAGGUUGGCAGUGUCAACAAACAUGGGAUUCUCCUAGAAGUUGUCCAAGUGCUCAUAGAUAUGAAUCUCACAAUUACUAAAGCUAAUAUAUCAUCUGAUGGAGGAUGGUUCAUGGAUGUUUUUAAUGUGAUUGAUUGCGACGGGCAGAAAAUCAAGGAGAAGGAAGUCAUCGAAUAUAUUAAGAGGAGACUCGAAAGCAAUGCAAGCUUUUCCCCCUCGUUUAGAGAGUCUGUAGGGUUUAUGCCCUCUAAUGAGUACACCUCAAUCGAACUCUCUGGUACCGACCGGCCUGGUCUGUUGUCCGAAGUGUGUGCUGUUCUUGCGGACCUUCACUGCAAUGUAGUAAACGCUGAAAUAUGGACACACAAUGCUAGGGCCGCAGCUGUUGUUCAUGUCACUGAUGAUACCACGGGGCAUGCUAUCAAAGAUCCGAAUCGUCUCGCUACAAUAAGGGACCUUCUUUGCAAUGUUCUUAGAGCAGAUGGUGAUGUUAACACGGCCAAGAUGACACUUUCACCGCCUGGGGUGACUAACAGGGAGAGGAGGUUACAUCAGAUUAUGUUUGCGGACAGAGACUAUGAAAGGGUUGGUAAAGAAGAGAUUGGGAGGAUGCAUGAUAAGAGCACAAGACCCUUUGUAACAGUGAUGGAUUGUUACGAGAGAGAUUAUACCAUUGUGACCAUGAGGUCUAAAGAUCGACCAAAACUACUGUUUGAUAUUGUUUGCACAUUGACAGACAUGCAGUAUGUAGUCUUUCAUGGAAUGGUCAAUACCGGGAGGAAAGAAGCUUAUCAGGAAUUCUACAUCCGACAUGUCGAUGGACUCCCCAUAGGCUCAGAAGCUGAACGAGAAAGGAUCACACAAUGUCUUGAAGCAGCUAUUGAAAGGCGGGCAUCUGAGGGUUUGGAACUGGAAUUGUGUGCCGAAGACCGGGUUGGACUCCUCUCCGAUAUCACUAGGGUAUUCCGGGAGAAUGGUUUGUGCAUUAAAAGAGCCGAGAUUUCAACUAAAGACGGGAAAGCCAAAGACACGUUUUUCGUAUCUGAUGUCACGGGUAGCCCUGUGGACCUCAAGAUCAUCGAUUCGAUCCGUCGUCAAAUUGGACCGUCUGUGUUGCAGGUGAAACACAAUUCGCUUCUGUCGCCUAAACAGCCUCAAGGAACUACUGUCGGUUUCCUCUUCGGCAACUUCUUCAGAACAAGGAACUUCCAGAACUUCUAGUUGGUUAGAUUGGCCUCAUGAACGGCUCAGCACGUGAUCCUGUAAGUAGACACUGUAUAGAAGAUCAAGCAUUUCAACCCCUCCAAACAUACACGGAAAAUUACAUCUGCUGUAAAUAAUUAGCAGUACAUCGGGACCAAGUGAUGAUGGGGGUAUAGCUCUCUGCCAUUGGACUUUAGAUAGAAGAAUCCGAAGACCACCAUCUGUACUUUAAUGAUGGUUUCUUUUGUAAAUCUUUACUUCCUGUAAGUAGAUAGUGUACAGGGUGAUGUUACUCUUCUGUGUACAAAGCUGUGAAAAGUAUUGAUAGAUCAAUGAGAUAGGCUGUGAAUAUUAUGUAUAA